CCAAAAUUGACGGUGCGCUGCUAACAGCUCACAGCGCUCAGUGAAGUCUGUCACUGCAAAAAGAAAAUGGCAGUACGAGCUUGUGGCUUUAUAGUGUUUCGUCGUCUUGUCGGCUCCAUACCCCCACCAGGCAGCAUCGAAUAUCUCCUCUUACAGACUUCCUAUGGGGAACACCACUGGACUCCACCCAAAGGCCACGUGGACCCAGGUGAGGAUGACCUCACCACAGCUUUGAGAGAGACCAAGGAAGAGGCGGGGCUUGGCUCGGAGCAUCUGCAGGUGAUUGACAGUUUUGUUCAGGAGCUGCACUACGAGGUUCGUGGGAAACCCAAAGAGGUGCUGUACUGGCUGGCCGAGCUGAGAGACCCGGGAGCAGCUGUGACUUUGUCUGAUGAGCACCAGGACUACCGCUGGGCCCAGCUGGAAGAGGCCUGCACUCUGGCCCGCUACAAGGACCUGCAGGACACACUGAGGGCAGCACAAAGACAUUUAGAGGCUCAGCAGGAAAAACAGUGUUAGGAUGGACCUGAAAAGAUAGGUUGUUAUAAAAAAGGGACAUGACUGCCAGCUGGGUCAUGUAUGACCUUACAUUUUUCUUUUAAAGUAACUGUGAAAACACUGCUCCAAUUCAUUCAAUUUACUUUUUCUGCUUUUACUAUUUGUUUUAAUGCUCUGCCUCUACUCUAUGGUCAUGCAAUGAGAAGACUUGCACUGAGAUUAGCUGAUCCUGGAUCUUUUUAGUCACGUGUAAGGGGAAAUACAUAGAGUUCAAAUAAUUGUGAAUGUGAAUAAUCUGAAAUACACAGUCAGAGCACAAGUGAGUUCAGAAAAUCAAGCCAAUAAAGUUUUUUUUUUUUUUACUUGGUCUUCCAGCCACACAAAGUUUUUGUGUAGUUUUACCGGUCUUUUUAGAUUCAAAUUUAGCCAUAAUUGACUUUAUUAUUGUUGUUUUUACCCAUUUAGCAUCAAGUAGUAUCAAUUAUGGAAAAUUAUGGAGAAUAUGGGUAUGGGUUAAACAUGGUCAAGUGGAAUUAAAUUAAAUUGUAGAUUCAGGAUCCUGCCACAAGGUGGAGACAAAAUCCUUAUUUUACAAAACUGGUAAGUUUUAAAAUCGGUGGGCUAUAUAUGACGUUGUUGCUGUCCAUGGAUUAAAAGUAAAGUAAUGCCAUUUUAUUAUGUUAAAAAUAUUGAUCAUUACAUUUAAAAGACGCUGCCAUGAUCUAUUGCAUCUAAUGAAAUGUACCUGAUGUGGUGAACAAUGAACAUGAGGGUAUCCGUUCCUGUUGAUCAGAUAAACUGUAACUAAAGUCAGUUCAAAACGGUCUAAACUGUAACUUGAAACGAAUCAGCAGUGUAGAGUUUUUCAUUUUUGAAGUAUUCUUUAACAAAGAAGUGUUGAAAUUCAACUGAAUGCUUCUGGCACAGUUUUUCAGCAUACAGGUACAAACUCUGACAAAACUUUAUACAUAAAUAUCUGCUGCUCAGAGGAUGAAAUGAAAGUCAAUAAAAUAACCAAACUCAUAAA